AGCGAAUGGGACAGAGGCGCGCGCGCGCACGCACAGAUCACCUCGCGCAGCUCGUUAUUAACGUUAAUAUCGUUAUCUCUCGCGCCACUCAUGUCCCUCCACGCCAGCUGCUCCGCAGGAGACGGGACCUACCACGGGUCAGGUGCGCCGCUGGGACCGAAGCACGCUCAAGUUAGUUUGGCUUAUUUUUAGCUCCAGAUAAGAGAUUAGCUAAGAUAGCGCCCUGAUUUAGUCGCCAUUGUUCCAUCAGUGACGGGAUUCCUUCAGGAGCAACCUGCCGCCGGACCCUCUUUUUAAGGUGAAAACUGAAUGAAGCUUCCUGCUAAAGUACAUUUCUCCUGGAGUUACGAUGGACGAUGAAGCUGUGACUUUGGUGUCUGCACUGAGAACUUUGUAACUUUUUUGGAAUAAACUCCGCUAGAAGAUCUAUCACACAGAAGGUGCCCCUGACAAAGUAAUGGAGACAGAAGAGAGAGGGGAUGUUUCACCCAAACAGGGGGCUACUUCAAAAGCAGAGAGCGAGGCCGACGCAGCGUCGUGCCAUACCUGUGGUGUGUGCGGUCGGAGCUUUCCUCUCCUCAGCUCCUUGUCUCAGCAUAUGAGAAGACACACCCGAGAAAAGCCUUACAAGUGUCCCUACUGCGAGCACAGGACAGCUCAGAAGGGCAGCCUGAAGGCUCACGUUCGUAGCCAUAAACUGGGCCUCCUCAGCCAGAAACCCAGUGACAAGGAGGUGGAAGGAGAUCAAGAGAAGAAAGCUAAUCCUGACACACCUGCCCUCCCCGAGAUUAUCAACACACCUGGCAAAGUCCAUAAAAUCAACGGGAAGGUGAAGAAGAAAGCAGCAAAGAAAAAAGUUAAGAGUGAGGAUGUUGUCGUGGCUGCCGACGCGGCUGAAGCUGGACCUUUCUCUUGCACCAUCUGUGGCCAGGUUUUCCCUCAGGUAUUACUCCUGAAAUCCCACGUGAAGCAGCACCGUGGCUCCCAGGAUCACGGGUGCCGCAUUUGUGGAAAGCGCUUCCGUCAGGCGUGGUUCCUCCAAAGCCACAUGCGCAUUCAUCGGGUCAAAGCGCAGCUCCGUGGCAGCAAAGGCAACGAGCCUCCCGCGACUAUCAACGGGAUUCCCCAGGAACCAGCGUCAUUGACAAAUGAAGAGUGCCUCUAUGAGCUCUGUUCCAGCUGUGGGAACUUCUUCUAUGACCGUCGGACCUUGCGUGUUCACGAGAAGCUACAUAAACUGACCCAGAACCCACUACGUGAAGACAACAAGGCCUCUGAGCUCCAAUGUGACAAGAAACGCUUUUUGAAAAGCUUGAACCUAAUAAGUGCCGGAUCUAAGAAAGCAGUUGAGGAAAAUGUUCUGGGUGGACGAAUCGCAGAGCUGGACCCAAUUUGUAGCUACCAGGCAUGGCAGUUAGCCACAAGGGGGCGACUGGUGGAGGCCACAGAGAAAUGCCUGGGGUGGGAGGAGAGACUGGCUGAUGCAGAGGUGGCUUAUGACACGGAGAAAGGAGAGUACGUGCCCCUGAAGCCGGAGAAGAAGAGGAAACAAAUCGACUCAUCCAACUCCAACGUCAAGAAGAAAAAGGGCGAUGCCGUCCCAGAACAGACGCCAAACACCCUGGCUCAUGCUAAAGGUGGAGACAAAAAGAGUUGCCCGAAGGACCGUAUUCUUUUGAACGGACUUGGUCACGCGUUUUAUGAGGCGCUACACAAGAAGACGGUCAAAGACGUUCAACUCUCCCAGUCGAGCAAGAGCAUCAGAAGCCAGGAGAAGGAAGAUAAGAAACCCCACGUCUGCAAGCACUGUGAUUUCCACACUGUUGACUCCUCGCUGCUCCAGUCCCACCUGUGCAGUCAGCACCUGGGUUCCUGCAGCAAACACAGCACCGCUGUGGACAAUAUCAGCAAAAGUGGCUCCAGAGCCUCAAGAUACAUGGACUACCUCAGGAGCAGGAGUUUGUUGCUCAGUCAGCCAUACUGGAAUGCCUACACUCGUCCUCCCAGUCAGGAAUUAGCAGAGGGAGACUCGAAGGCAGAAAUGUCUAAUGGUGGUGAUGUAAAGAAGGAGGGACUCACGAAUGCUGAUGCUGGCGCUCUUCUCAAUCUUUCUUCCCUUACCGAUGGAAGUAGUAACGCUAAUUAUCCAGUCAAAACAGGCAGUCUGGUGCAGCAUCGGUGCCUAUACUGCUCCCACACUACGCACUACCCAGAGGUCCUGUGGAUCCAUCAGCGUGUUGCACACAGGGUGAACGGGAACAGCUCCGUAGCACCCAAAUGGGCACCCUGUGUAAACACUACUAAAGGCUCAAAAGCUGGAGCUUCUCAGUGGAGACGCACAGGGCCACCCCCGUUCCUCGAAGGAAAGGAUUGCCCAACUCUACCUGCUCCACGGACGCAACGCACACAACCUCCAGGUGUCACAACACACAGCAGCAGCAAGCACUCAGCACCCAGAGCCCAGCCAGGCGUCCAGAAGUCCAAACAUCACUCAAGGGAAUCCCGCUCAUCAGAAGGGAGACUUUCUAGUGGAAGGGUUCAGCCCCAGAGAACCUCUGGUGAACAUCAGCGAGUUGCGCUGGGGGGAAGUACAAGCUCCAGUCGCCAAAGUACAUCUUUAAACAAUUCUGUACACUCCAAGGGUGCUGACGGAUCUCAGCCUUCGCACAGCCUCAAACUCAGAGCGGACAGGGCUGCUGUGGAGGGGAUCUUCCCACACGAGGGUUUGGGGUUUAUGUUGGCGAGACACCAAGGUGGGACUUCUUCUAACCCUGCAGGAGACAAACUCCACUCUCGUAGGCAGUCAUGGGACUUUUCUGCAGGUCGGAAGGGUCCAGACCUCUGGGCAGCCAUGAACAUGUGGGGGCUACAUGGGGGCAAAGCGGACUCAGAUCCCCUCCUUUUUGCUCAGGGAAAGUGCGAGCCGACGGGACAAACGCCAAAGGACAUGGAUAUUUUGAGUCUCUUGAAGAGCUACAGUCCCCAGGAUCUGGCCUCUAUUUAUCAGCACUGGGGCUUUGUUGAUCCCAGACUGGAUCCUCAAGCGAUGUUGCAGUUAAAUGGACAUUUUGGAAAUGAAGUCCAUUCCUCUUCUGAAGCCUCCAAACAGCCAUUAAAAACAAGAAAGGAGUUAGCAUUAGUCUUGACUUCAGCUACCGUCCACAUCAGCAGAAUAGAGACGCGAACAGCCACUCGGCUUCAUCUUCAGGGUCUAUCCAUAAAGGAACGUGAAGAAAUCCAAACUGCUGAACUGUGUGAAGGAACCAGCCAUGACUUUUACAAAUGUGCUGGAAAAUGCACGCUAUAUGCAAAAUGAGGUGUACUUUUAAUAUUUCAUUGUUUAUUUUGAGGUGUGACACAUGUUUUUGUUUGUUCAGAGUGUAGAUAUCUUAGCUAAGGCUCAUGAAAUUUGUUUUGAAUCACUAAAGUUAGACAGAAAUGUUGAAAAAGUGAUGAAAGACUAUGUCAACAAGCUAGCUCCCUUCCAGGUGGAAAUAAAAUGAUGAAACCAUCUAAUGUUACUAAAACAUUCAGACACAUAUUAUUACUAGCUGUACGUAGUUUGUUACUUAUUUUCUUGUAAAAUGUCUUGUUUUUUUUAUUAUUGUGGUUACGUUUGGUUUUGUUAAAAAACUCAAAGUUCCUGAUUAAACUAGCGUCACUUUAGUUUUGUUUGCAAUUAUUUUGUGCCAGUUUUUGUUCGGUUAGCUUUCAUCCAUCACUUUCUAGGUUAAAUGUAACGGGCUAGUUUGAUUACUGUAUAUUCAAGGGAGAAAAAGCAUCAUGCAAUGUGUUUUUGUUUCAGUCAAAAUCAAGAAAAUGGGGUUUGUGCCACAUGACUCAUCUCAGACAUGGGUAGGGUUCCUAAAGCGAGCGUCAAAACACCCGAACACGUCAGUUUAAAGCAGAGAAACUCGGAAUUAUGCUGCAUCCUGAUCUAUUCGUCCAACGUUGUCCCCAUCACGUAUCAAAAACAGCUUUACUACUUUAAUGCAGUAUUUCCCAAGUUUCAGGUUUUUUAAACAGCAUGCUAACAAUUUGUGCUGUGGUUUUAGUAGGAUUAGAAGCUCCUCAUACAAGCUGAGUGUGACGGUUUUGUCAUUUCCUGUUCGUCUUCAGUCGCUUUCUGUUUGCAGGUUUGUUUAGUAUGUUUACAUUUUAGCACCUCCCUCUCCCAUAGAUACAUAUUGCAUUCUAUGCAUCCAUAUGAAGCCAUAAACUCCAGGAAGUAAACAUUUUAUUACUGAAAACUAAUGUUAAUAAUAGUUUUAUUUAUUGUUUUUUGUUUUCUGAGAGUGGAAUUCAAACACCCAUAAAUACUUGAUGUUUGUAGCGAGGAAACAGGUGUAAAACAUUCAUUUUGGGCUUCAGCAACAGAGUUGGACGUGAGAUUUGCCUCACAAACCAGAACGUUCUACUCGAUCCUCAAGCUUUAAAUUGAAUUCUUGUGACAUGUUUUUUAGUCGGGGUAAGAAUUUAUAUUUUUACCAAGUCCAAGAUUUGUCUGACUGUAAAAUUAUUCCAAAUAAAGUUGAUUACUACUGAUUUGUCUGUUAUUUGAUGACACUGAGAAACUGGUGACUGAGGAUCACAGUGUAGGGAGACAGUGUAUCUACCAGCCAAACUGUUUGUUUUCUUGCAAACAGAUUUUCUAAAAUCAGCAGUUUAUUUAGGAAACUGUUGAUCGGUAAUUUUAGAUGUUUUUAUGGUCCCGAGGUAAACCCACCCUCCAACCCUCACAUCUUAGCCUUCUACAACUGUGGGAUGCAACUUUAGCAGCGCGCAGACUCGACGAGUACUGCUACCAAUCAGCGACGGUAAAGCUUAUUGUGGCUUCCUAUUUUCAUGUCCAGUAAAGUAAUAGAGCAGUUUUCUGCUCCCCCGCCCUACUGGUUGGAAGUGGAAUCAUAACUAGGGAUGUCCGAAUCAGGUUAUUUUGCCUUCGAGUCCGAGUCAUUUGAUUUAGAGAAUCUGCAGAUACCAAGACCCGAUCCGAUACUUUCGAUACAUAAAAAAAUAAUAAAGAAAGCGAAACAACAGAUCCAGAAUAUUCCUUAUUUUUUUAUUCAGUUACCUUUAUUUUAGCCUGGCAAGCCAGACUAAAUAAAUAUAUUUAGUCUAAAUAAAUAAAUAUAUUAUUUAGUCUGGCAACGCUCUAUUGCUAGCUCUUGGUCGUGGGGCAGGUUCUACCUUUGUCUUUCAAACGAUCUCUGCAUGCUACUGGAUAAUGAACAACGUGACGUACUCACCGCAACAGAUGUUGGUAAACGAGGCAGUCCACUGUUGAAGAACAUCUUUUUUUAAAAAAUAAAACAUCUAACUGCUCCUGAUUCUAAUAAAGCCCAAGUCAAAAUAUCGCAAAAUUGACGUAAAGGCCGUUUCAAGAAGCUGUCGCAAUCUUGUUCCACUCUGUUGCAUCAUCCUGCCCACCAGACGAAUAGAGGGCUCUGAUUAGCCCACAAAGUGGAUAGAGUGCUGUGAUUGGCCCACCACUGUGGACUAAUCACAGCUCUCUAUUGGGUUUGAAAUCCCUGUAGGAGCUGUGAUUAGCCAGCCAGAAUGCUUUUGGAACUGCAUGAAGCGUUCCUAGAUCAAACUUUGCAAAGCAAGAAUUUGGUCUAGUUCACAAGGUUACCUUUAUUUAAACAAUUAACAACUCUGUUAUCAAACAGAUAACUUCUGUGAGAUAGUUUUAGCAAUCAAGUAAUAGAUAACAUACAUUCUUCACUUCUGGACUUUAUUGCAAAUAUAAAAAAGACUUAAAUAAAAAUAAAUAGCCCCUCAACUUAAAAUACCUGGUCUAUUCAGCUUUGGCCCCCAAAAUGCCUUGAUACGUCCCUGGGCGUGGUACUGAGUUUUGAAGGUGAUCUGAAUUGUGUCAAAUAAAUAAAUAUUACAUGCUGAUAAAUUAUUGCUUUAUAAAGGUAAAAAUGUGUAGAGGAUAAAUCUACCUACAUUUUAUUUUUCAAGAACUUUAUCUUGUUUUCUUGGUUUUUAUUUUCUUAUUUUCCUGUCGUGUCUGUCUCUGAGCUUCCUGCAUCGGAAAACUGCUGACUUACUUUCUACCUUUUUAUCCCACGAGUUACUUUUUAAACUAAGCAUAUCAACUGGAUCUACUGACCGCUAAAAUAGUGAGGUGUUUGCUGAGCUGCCCGGCCGCGCCAAUGACGUAGCGUCAUCGAACCACGGGUGAUAAGUGCUGCAGCGGCAGAGCGCAUCUACGCGUCAGGCUCGAAUAAAGAACAGAAACUACUAGAGAGGAAAACGGACAUGAACAAUCGUGUGUUAAUUAUACAUUUUUUGGGUGUCGCCAUUUUGAAAAUGUUACUGUCGCAAGAUGCUAGCUGAAGGGAGGGGCAUCGCCCCCUUCAUACCUCCUCAAACAUAUUAGGUUACUGUCAUCAUUACCACUAGCUGUAGUCAAAUUGGUAUUAGAUUUUCCAUGACAAUGCAAUUUUUGAUUAAAUUUCCUGUUUAUUUUUACUGUUUACCAUCUCCACCAUCUCAGUCAUGGUUCCAGUCCUCCCACCCUCUAAUUAAAAUGUCAUUGAUAAUUUUUCGACCUGUUUGCUUUAGCUGGUUCAGCAAUGAUAAUGUUACAUUUUCUGCCAGCAAAAAUGAUUGAAAACUCAUUUAUUUAAUUUUAUUUUCAACAUUUACAAAAUGACAAAGCAUGUUGGGAAAUCCGUUGGUCCAAUCAAGUUUUUUGUUAUCAUAAACGUCAUCACUGACGAACGAUCUAGUUCAGCUAACUUUUUAGUGGAGAAAAGCUAGCAAGCCUUUUAGUCCCGCGCAAAUAUUCAGAUAGCAAACAAAAAAAGAAAAGAAAAAAGAAAAGAAAAACAACUGCUGCUGCAUCUUCAGCGGUUCUGGUUCGACUGGGUCAGCCGAACCAGAACCAGUAAACUCCGAAACUUCUCCGAAAAAAAAAAACGUCUCUGAAAUUUCCGCUUCGAGAACGACGGAACAUGGCAGCUGGAUUUUCCCUCUACCAUCAACAAGUUAGCUAACUUG